UGGUCCCCGAUUUGAUAGACGCACAAAAGUGUCAGAAAGUGUUGAUGAUUGGUUAAACGCGGUGAAUAAUUAUUACAGUAAAAAAGAAAGAAAUCAACGUCUGUUACAAAAACGCGCGACAUUAAACACCUGUCACCCGCUAUUUAUGGUUCGUUCGAAUCUCCCGCACCCUACUCGACGAAUAAUAAAACAAAUUACCAACCUGACCCGACCUCAACUUCAUAAUUAGCCUCGAUCUUGCUAUGCAAAUUUUCCAGAUCAGUGCCUUUUUCAGUAUAUUAGACAUGUUAUGAUUAUUUCAAUUAUUUCUCAAUUAACCCCGGAAGUAUUAAAUCUAAUUUAAAUCCCCAAUAAUGAACACAAUAACUAAGGUAUCUCUUUCAUAUUGUCGGAGCAAUGUUUAUCUGAUAAUUGGUGUUUGCUUCGGUCUUUGCAUAAGCUCGUUCUUCACAUCAAUGAAUGUAUCAGAGUGUAUAGAGGCCAACGAUGAACUACCAUUUCCUUCGGAUAUCCCAAAGUUUGAUGACGCUUAUGAACCAAAAAUAAAUCUUGAAGGAAAGCCUUUACGUGCUAAGAAAACACCUAAGGAUUUCAUGCGUCCGAGAUACUAUUCCACAGAACUUGGUAUCAGGGAUAAGUUAUUCGUCGGUGUUCUGACCAGCCGUGAAUACCUUCAUAGUCGGGGGAUAGCUCAGAACAAAACCAUAGCCCACCUUGUCGAUAAAAUCAGAUAUUUUAUUUCAAUACCUGAGGGAACCAAGCCUAAUGUAUCGCUACCAGGUAUCGUGGGGUUCACCGAUACCAGAAGUAUUCUGAAACCAUUUCAUGUGCUAAAGUACAUCACAGACAAUUACCUCGAGGAAUACGACUAUUAUUUUCUCAUAAAAGAUAUGACUUAUGUCGACAUUAGGAAGCUAUUGAAACUUGUCAACAAUAUUAGUAUAAGCCAAAAUGUUCACCUAGGUGUUGCUGGCGAGAUUGAGUCUUAUUGCUCUCUAGACUCUGGAAUACUGUUGAGUAAUUCGGUGGUACAGAAGAUGAAGAGAAAUUUGGAUUGGUGUGUUAGAAACACCUAUUCAGAAUCCGACGAUGUAAACUUUGGACGAUGUAUUGUGCAUUCGACUUCGCUACCUUGCAGCAACAUGAUACAGGGACAAACGAUCAAGUCCACCAUAUUGAAUGACACGUUCAAUCUGGAAAAAAAUUUUUAUGAUUCAAUUGCAAGAAAUUACUCACAGGCAGCUGCCAGCGUUUACCCUGUUUACGAUCACACUACUAUUUACAAAAUCAAUGCCUACGUUGCUAGGCUUGCAUUAGCAGAUGUGAUAAAUGAAAUAUCAAAGGUACGGAGGGAGAUAUUAGCAACCGCAAAGUUAGGACCAGAAAAAGAUCACAGAGUAACAUGGCCCAUUGGAAAUCAACCAGGUAACAAGGCUUCUGGGCGUUUCGACGUUCUUAGAUGGACGUAUUUCAAUGAAACACACGCGUCACUGGAUCAGAGCCUGAAAAAUAUGCAGGAAUUUGAAGGGAGCACCAAAAUUGACAUAAAUUAUGUAAUAAGAGCUGCUGUCAACAGAAUUGAGGAAACUUAUAACAAAGAAAAAUUUAAGUACAUCAAAUUAUUGAACGGGUACAAAAAAUACGAUGCAUCGAGGGGUAUGGAUUACAUAUUAGACAUGGUAUUUUUGAAUACCGAAACAAAGGAGGAAUUAGUAAAACGGGUUGAGGUGUGCAAGCCGUUGGGCAAAGUUGAGAUUUUACCGGUACCUUACGUGACUGAAAAUGCCAGAAUUAAUUUGAUUCUAACUGUGAACACAAAUCUGAUGCAAGAAGCCCUAAAAUUCAUGACAAAUUACGCCCGAACUUGUAUGGAAAAAAGAGACAAGACAUUUUUAAUGGUGAUACUUCUUUACGACCUAAACAGUCCAUCGAAGGGAAAAGAAGAUGUAUUCUACGAUAUAAAACAAUAUGCGCUUUUGCUUACCGAAAAAUAUAAAAAGGACCAAUCAAAGGUUGCCUGGCUCUCUAUCAGACUGCCAACAAGUGUCAACUCCAUUGAAUUAGAGCCAAUGCUGAAGAUUGCUGUAGCAGAUUUAGCGGUGAAAAAAUUCUCACCAGAGAGUUUGAUUCUCUUCAUUGAAACUGGAAUGGAUUUGAAGAUUGAUUAUUUAAACAGGGUACGCAUGAAUACUAUUAGUCAGUGGCAAAUAUUCAGCGCAAUUCCUUUUUCCGAGUAUCACCCGGACAUCGUGUACACCUUGGCAAAGCCAAGAGAUAAUGAAUUGGACAUAAAUAGAAACUAUGGAAGAUACGACGAGUACAAUUUCAACCACAUCGCCUUCUAUGCCAAAGAUUACACCACAACUCGAAAAAUUACUGAGAAUAAAAUUCCGGUCGUCAGAGCAGAUCGAGAUAUAGCUACAAUCCUGAAGCUGUCCCAACAGAAUAAGGUCAUAUGUCUGUGGUCCUUUAUACUUGGUGACUCUCAGAAAACUUUGCUCAAUUCUCAUGAUGAGUAUCUCCGAGGAGGAUACCUUGACAAUUAAAGUUGAAAUGCAAAGAUCAGUUUACCUAUAACAUAUUGUAAAAAAUUAGGCGAGCACGUUUGACGUUAGGUAUAGCUGAAUUUGUCGAUUGAAUUAAGUGAUUUGUCAAAUUAAUCAAGUUGCCGCUAGUUCAGUACUUGGAAUAGCUAAUAAAUUUGAUUAUCUCGAUUACUUUCGGUUGUCAUUCAAUUUCAGAGUGUCAGAAUGAUGUUUUGAUGCUGAAAAAAUACAGAAGAAUACUACACAGUUCAA